CUCCGCAUCUCCCCGUGUGACAUUGGGCGUGACAUGAGCAGUGAGGCAGGGACUGGCUGUGGUGAUGUUGAGGCCGGGCGGAGGUGCUGGUGAUCGGAGCUGGGAACUGGGAGCACGUUUAUUCCCAAUUCUCUGAGGAUUUCCCAGAGUAGAUGAAGCUCUCAUAAAAGUCCCCGGGUUUACACAGGGCUUGGAUCCGGUGUGGUUGGUGAAUUGGGUGUCUAACCUGGUGAUGUCUAGUGCAGGUGAUGUGGAUGGCGGACUAUCGGCUUGUGGCCAGGACCAGCCUCCAGUGUUGAUAUGCAUCGCUGACGACAACAUCUUUCAGGAUUGGAUGGAAGAAGCUGCACGGGAGAGGUUUGCUGAUGCCAUGAUCAUUACCACCCCUGACCGGCUGCACAAGUCUGGGAGCUCAGCGAUCACUGUGUUUGCUGUUGUACAGGAGUUGGCCGUGGCGUUUGCUGGGAAAGGUUACCACGUCCUGCUGGAGAAGCCAAUGGCGGUGACGGUGGAGGAUUGCCAGCAGAUUGUCUGUGUGUCGGGCGAGCGGAGUGCUAUUAGCCAUAUGCCACGUGCUCAGGUACUCGCCUGCCUUCCUGAAAAUACAGGAGCUGCUCGCGGGGAGCCGUUGGUCACGUGGCCCACAUCCACCCCCUCGAGCCCGUUGGUUAUUAUCACUUUGCACACUUGUUUGUGCAGGGGAAUUGGACACGUGAAGAGGAGAGCACGUUCUCUGCUGGCUAUAUCUUGCCAUGACAUCAACACCAUCAAUAGCUGGAUGGGGGGGGAAGGAGCCUGACGGUGCAGCUGAUCGUUGUAUCGACUGGGCUGUGAGCAGACCUGCCCUUUCUCUGCUAAGAAACUUUACCUGGAAGGAGUGAAGCGGGUUGUGAACAUGGAGUUUGAAGGUGUGGUGACAUCGAGCUUCAGGAUGAUGGCAUUCACUGAAAUGUGCGCAAGGAAGACGAGAAUUUACAGAACAAAGGAAGAUGAUUUGAGAGUUGUUUGUUCGCUGAGUUGAGUCUCCACCCACUUGCUGCUGACAGCAGAACUGUGGUUAGGCUGCUCAGUGCUGAGUUGUGUGUGACAAGCAGAACCUCCCCCUGUUGUGUGGGAGCUGUCCUGUGAAGGUUAGGAUGAGGUGACGGUGUUUGACUUCCUGACACAGACACAGCACACUCUGGAUCAUUCUGCUUUGCAAAACACACGACUCCGGGAUCCCGGCGGGGCUGACUACUACCUGAUGGAUUAGUUCAUCACAGCUGUGGCGAGAAAUGAUCCAUCCAGACAGGCCCCGAGGAGACCCUGGCAAAUCACUUGCUCGUGUUUGAUGCUGAGCGAUCGCGGAGAGGGACGUGUCAUUACUGUGGACAGGAGGCUGCCCCAGGGGCACAGAUGUGAUCUGGUCCCAGUGUGUGGAGCGUGAAACCCAGAAAUUAGCCAGCGACGGUCCCCAUCCCCGCCCGACGAUCGAGGCCGCUCAGUGCUUCAGUUGUGGGCGGUAGGACUGAAAACCUUUCUUCAGCGCCUUCUCCUCUUUUCUGAUCACCUGAGACAGUGAAGAGUUGUGAGAAUUACAGGACAUUAACUUUUGUGCACCUGCCUGCCCCCACCCCUCCUUCUGCUGGCUCAGUUCCAGGGCGUUCUGUGGCCCCCUCACUUCGUGUCGCCAUAAGCGGGGCUCUGAUCAUAGUUGUCAGGCUCGAUGGUGUCUCGAUGACCUGAUUAGGCGCUAUAUCAAAUGCAAGGAUUAUUAUAUUAUAGUUAAUGGUUAUUAUGUCUGAGUAAAACCCAGAUACAUCUUCAUAGAAUCAUGGAAUUAUACAGCACAGAAGGAGGCGAUUCGGCCCAUCGUGUCUCUACCGGCUCUUUGAAAAGAGCUACCUAAUUCAAUCCCACUCCCAUGCUCUCUCCCCAUAGCCCUGCAAACUUGUCCUCCCCAAAUAAUUAUCUACUUCUCUCUUAAAAGUUGUUAUCAAAUCAGCUUCCGCCACCUUUUCAUUUCCCCACAUCCUGAGAAUGUUUUACCCCUGUCAUCCUUCAGGCUGUGGUGAAAAUCCUGCAUGAAGAGCAAGGAGAGAGCUAAUGAGUGCUCUCACAAUAAAUGUUGCUUUCACUGGACUU